AUGUCCUCAGCGAGUGCCGGGUCCCACAGCCCCACCGACCUGCCCCGGAACUACCUCUCCGACGAACCAAAUGCACCGCCGGCCCUGUCUCUGGGCGAUGCCAUGCUGUCUCCAGGCGAGCCUUCCUCUGACUUCAGCGGCACUCUCGAAGGCAGUGCCCCCGUGGAGGGCCAUGGCGGCAUCGACAGCAAAAGCGGUGGCUUGAAUCCAAAGACGCACCCACAGGGUCUAUCUGAGCCACACGAGUAUCGGCGAUACCAUCCUUACGCCGUCUCGCCCCCCGGCCCAAACGCUCAGACGCCGCCAAACUACUCGAUGGCCGGAGGCUAUCCCAGCGCAACCCGAGGGCUGGGCAGCCACCACCACAGCCUGGCUCACAGCAGCUCAGGCGAGGAUGACUCGGACGACGAUGCCAUGUCGUCGAACGGCCCCAACGACACUGGCGCCACCAAGACAUCCGAGGAAUUUGCGCUGGACGAUAAGCGGCAGCGGCGUCUGGUCCGCAACCGGGAGGCUGCUCGGAGGAACCGCCUCAAAAAGAAGGAGUGGAUCUCCAAUCUCAAAACCCACAACGAAAAGAUGGGCGAGAUCAACCAGGAGCUCAAGAACCGCAUCAUGAUCUUGCAGGACGAGCUGGCGCAUCUGAAAGCAAUACUAUUCAACCACGGCAUCUGCAACUUUGAAUAG